CUUUAGCUUCCAAGUUCCUCCACGACUAAUAAAAGCGUUUCUCUCAGAUUCUUUACUCAGCAAAAAUGGCCUCUCCAGUUGUAGAUCACAACAAGGAAGAAACCGUGAAGGUGAAAAUCACAGGGAAAUCCCAUGUGAAGCCCAACAAGAAACUUGGAAGAAGAGAAUGCCAACUGAUCACCUUUGAUCUUCCAUAUCUGGCUUUUUAUUACAAUCAGAAGUUUUUACUGUACAAGGGGAGUAAUGAUAGCUUCGCGGACAUGGUGGGGAAAUUGAAAGAUGGGCUUGGAGUGGUUUUGGAAGAUUUUCAUCAAUUGGCUGGGAAGAUUGGAAAAGAUGAAGACGGUGUGUUUAGGGUUGAGUAUGAUGAUGACAUGGAAGGUGUGGAGCUUGUAGAGGCCAUUGCAGAGGGUACAAGUGUGGAGGAUCUAACGGCUGAGGAUGGCACCACCACCUUGAAGGACUUUAUCCCGUACAAUGGGAUCUUGAACUUGGAAGGCCUUCACAGGCCAUUGUUGGCAGUCCAGCUAACCAAGCUAAAAGACGGACUCGCAAUCGGCUGCGCGUUCAAUCACGCCAUCCUGGACGGCACCUCCACGUGGCACUUCAUGAGUUCAUGGGCCGAGAUCUGCAACGGGUCCCAUUCAAUAUCCGUUACGCCAUUCCUCGAAAGGACAAAAACGCGCAACACACGCGUCAAGCUUGAUCUUUCCUUACCCCCGGACCCACUCAGCAUUUCCAACGGUGAUGCCAAGUCAGCAGUCCCAGAGCUGAGAGAGAAAGUCUUCAAAUUCUCCGAAUCUACCAUCGACAAGAUCAAGUCAACCGUCAACGCUAACCCUCCAUCCGACGGUUUAAAACCAUACUCCACAUUUCAAUCGCUUGCUGCGCAUAUUUGGCGCCACGUAAGCCAUGCACGCGAACUAAAACCAGAGGACUUCACUGUUUUCACUGUCUUCGCCGAUUGCCGGAAAAGGGUCGACCCAGCAAUGCCCGAUAAUUACUUCGGUAACCUUAUUCAGGCCAUAUUCACGGCAACUGCAGUCGGAUUAUUAUCGAUGAACCCGCCAGAAUUCGGGGCUUCUGUUAUACAAAAUGCGAUUGAAGCUCAUAACGCGAAAGCCAUCGACGAGCGAAAUAAAGAAUGGGAAAGCUCCCCGAAGAUUUUCCAAUUCAAGGAUGCAGGAGUGAAUUGCGUUGCCGUUGGUAGCUCGCCUAGGUUUCGGGUUUAUGAGGUGGAUUUCGGGUGGGGCAAACCAGAAAGCGUGAGAAGUGGAUCCAACAAUAGGUUUGAUGGGAUGGUGUAUUUGUAUCAAGGGAAGAGUGGCGGAAGGAGCAUUGAUGUGGAGAUUACUCUGGAAGCUGGAGCUAUGGAGAGGUUGGAGAAGGAUAAAGAUUUUCUUUUGGAGGCUUACUAGUAGAAGAGAAGAGAAUUUCUUGGAUAACACUGAUACGUAAUUAAAUUGUUGUCUCUAUAAUAGUUAGUUUUAGACAAUAAUUUAAUUAAUAUUCUAUCAUGGUACCAAGAAAUGACAAGUCUCUGUGGCCUGUGGGAAUGUCGUUUUCGUUUAGUUUAUUGUCGUAAUGUUUGUACUUGUUUCUUUUAUGGUUGAUUAGUACCCAUCUAAGAUUGAAAGGACUGUGAAAUUGGUGUCUGCUUCAUUAAAUUACAAGAGAUGAAAGCUUUACAAAUUUGUGCAAUUAUUUGGUAUAAUAAUGGUCAUUUCUCUUU